AUGUAUGCUGUGACUGGUAGUGAUGAGGAUGACUGUUACCGGUGUUUCCCGCCCGACCCGGGCAUUGGUACUGCCGCGUCAGGUACUAGUGAGGCUGCUGCUCUAGGUGCCAGUGCGUCUGUGCUCUCAGGUGCUGGUGAGUCUGCCCUCUCAGGUACUGUGUCGGCUUCGGCCUCUCACACCUUCACCCUUGACUCUGGAGCGUCUCGCUCCUUCUUUAGGGACCGCACCACUCUCACGCCGCUGAGUCGGCCAGUUGCGGUGUCCCUGGCUGACCCCUCUGGAGGGCCUGUCCUGUCUCGCUUCUCCACUGUCCUCCCGUGUCCGGCGGCCCCCUCUGGCACCCUGACUGGUCUCUACCUCCCCUCGUUCUCGACGAACUUGGUGAGUGGUGCUGACCUCCAGGAUGCGGGUGUCCACCAGUUCACCCCUGCUCGUCAGCGGGUGACCCACUGCACGGAGGCGGAUACAGGUCGCCACCUGGCUACGUUUACACGUCGGCCAGGGUCGAGCCUGUACACACUGACCACUGCUUCUCCUCCAGGUGCUACGUCUGGUAGGGUCCCUUCGUCUGAUCAGGUGUUUGCUGCAGCGUCCAGGUCUGGUCCUGAGUCUGCCCCCUGCUCGUGUCGUCGUCUGUCUCACGAGACCCUCCUCUGGCACCACCGCCUUGGCCACCCCUCUCUGCUUUGGCUCAGAGGCAUGGCCUCGCGAUUCCUUGUGUCUGGUCUUCCCCGGUCUCUCCCUCCCCUUCCUCCGGGCCCUGGCCCUACCUGUGUCCCCUGUGUCGAGGGGCGCCAGCGUGCUGCCCCUCACUCCUCCCUGUUUCCUCCGACAGAGGCCCCGUUGCAGACGCUUCACAUGGACGUGUGGGGCCCAGCCCGCGUCCGUGGACAGGGUCAGGAGCGCUACUUCCUGCUGGUGGUUGACGACUACUCGCGUUACACCACAGUCUUCCCCUUGCGCAGCAAGGGUGAGGUCACUGAGGUGUUGAUCGACUGGAUCCGCGCAGCUCGUCUCCAGCUUCGGAGGAGCUUUGGCUCUGACUUCCCUGUUUUGCGUCUCCACUCGGACAGAGGCGGAGAGUUCUCCUCUGGCCUCCUGAGUGCCUACUGUCGUGUGCGAGGCAUCCGUCAGACCUUCACGCUUCCGGACUCACCACAGCAGAAUGGGAUUGCUGAGCGCCGCAUUGGCAUGGUCAUGGACGUCACUCGUACGUCCAUGAUGCAUGCGGCUGCUCCCCAUUUUCUGUGGCCGUUUGCGGUCAGGUACGCUGCGCACCAGAUCAACCUCCACCCCAGGGUCUCUCGACCGGAGACCUCCCCAGCCCUGCUGUGGACGGGGAAGGUUGGCGAUGCGUCGGCGUUCCGGGUCUGGGGAUCUCGGGCGUUUGUUCGGGACCUUUCUGCGGACAAGCUGUCCCCUCGUGCUUCUCCCUGCGUCUUCCUGGGGUUCCCCCCCGACGCCCUUGGGUGGCAGUUUUACCACCCCACCUCUCGACGUGUUCUGUCCUCCCAGGACGUCACGUUCGACGAGUCGGUACCCUACUACCGCCUCUUCCCCUACCGCACUCCGUCCCUCCCCCCACCCCCGCUCUUCUUGGUACCAGGUCCCCCCCCGGUAGUCCCCCUCCCCCCUCAGGGUCCUGCCCCUUCAGGUGUGUCCCAGGUAGACGCGGUCGAGCCUGUCGAGGUCACUAGUGACUCUGGUGCUGCUGCGGGAGCUGAGCCUGGGGGUGCGGAGUCUGGGGGUGCUGAGCCUGGGGGUGCUGAGCCUGGGGGUGCUGUGCCUGGAGGUGCUGAGCCUGGAGGUGCCGAGCCUGGGGGUGCUGUGCCUGGGGGUGCUGUGCCUGGGAGUGCUGAGCCUGGAGGUGCCGAGUCUGGGGGUGCUGUGCCUGGGGGUACUGUGCCUAGGGGUGCUGAGCCUGGGGGUGCUCAGCCUGGGGGUGCUGUGCGUGGGGGUGCUUCGCGUGCUGCUGGUGCUGGUGGUUCUUCGGCUGCAGAGGGUACUGCUGCCGCGAGUCCCGCCGGUGCUCGUACUGUGGGUGGUGGAGCUGCUGGGUCUGAGAGUUCUCCUGGAGCUGGUACUGCUGAGGGUGUUGGCGCUGAGCCUGCCGUUGGCGGUCCGACUGACAGUGCUCCUGGUGCUGCUGCUGGAGGUUCUGGAGCUUCUGGUGGUGCUGCUGGAGGUGCUGCUGGAGUGGGUGCUCCUGCCGGGGCUGCUGGUGCUGUUCCUGCUGUUUCUAGCGUCGCCGCGCGGCCCCGACCGUACUUCGUUCCGCUCCUGCAGCAGGUUCUUGGUCUUACACCUCCUCCUCCUCCCUUAGAGGGUCCGCAGCCUGUCCGGUCACAGCCACAGCUACAGCCUGCCUCCCCUUUGCCUGCUCCUUCUCCCUACGCUGGUCCGACUGGAGGUCUUACUGAGCGUCGUGAGCCUGCGUCUCGUCCUGUGUCGCCUGUUCGUACUGAGCGCGCUAGUGGUCGCGGGUCGCGUCAGCGUCCUCCUCCUGUCCCUGGCACGCACCGGAUGUCACUGCGUCCGUCCACUGCUCCUCUGCGUGCCCCUUUGCCUUCUCCUCCUGCUUCCUCUCUUCCUGCUCUUGCCGACCCGGAGUCGGACUCUCUUCGUGCUGCCAGUCCUACUGUCACGCGUCUCCUUGCUACUGCUGUCACUGACCCUUCCUUCGAGUCGUCUGCUGCGUCUGCCCUUGUCACUGAGCUUGUCGACUUUGCUGCGCGCUGUCGUCUAGACUACGCUGCUCGUCUUGUCACUGCGUCUGAGUCCGCCUGUCCUCCGUCCGUCGGGGGUGAGUGUGCCCUUGGCACGGACGUCCACAUCCCGACUCCGCGCUCUUACGCGGAGGCGAUAGAGGGUCCCUACUCCUCUCAGUGGCAGGCAGCUAUGGAUGCAGAGAUGGCUUCCUGGAAGUCCACAGGCACCUACGUUGACGCUGUUCCCCCUCCUGGGGCGAACAUCGUCAGUGGCAUGUGGAUUUUAAGGGUGAAGCGGCCGCCGGGUUCUCCGCCUGUCUUCAAGGCGCGUUACGUGGCUCGUGGCUUCAGUCAGCGGCAGGGGGUUGACUACUUUCAGACCUUCUCCCCCACCCCGAAGAUGACCACUCUUCGGGUUCUGCUGCACGUUGCUGCUCACCGUGACUACGAGCUGCACUCUCUCGACUUCAGCACAGCUUUCUUGCAGGGCAGCCUGCACGAGGAGAUCUGGCUGCGUCGCCCACCUGGCUUCACUGGGUCUUUCCCUCCUGGUACCCAGUGGAGUCUCCGGCGUCCAGUCUACGGUCUCCGCCAGGCGCCCCGUGAGUGGCACAACACACUGAGGACUACGCUCGCGGCACUUGGGUUUGCUCCUUCUACUGCCGACCCGUCGCUGUUCCUGCGCACCGACACCUCUCUGCCGCCGUUCUACAUCCUCGUGUACGUCGACGACUUGGUCUUUGCCACAGCUGACACUGCUGGACUCGCCUACGUGAAGUCCGAGCUGCAGAAGAGACACACGUGCACUGACCUGGGUGAACUGCGCAGCUACCUUGGCUUGCAGAUCACCCGGGACAGAGCACGCCGCACCAUUACCCUGACUCAGUCACACAUGGUGCAGCAGGUCCUUCAGCGCUUCGGCUUCACGUACUCCUCGCCUCAGGCCACUCCUCUGCCUACUCGCCACUCGCUCUCAACUCUGCCUUCGGAUGAGUCCGUAGAGUCGAGUGGCCCGUUUGCAGAGCUUGUUGGCUGCCUCAUGUACCUGAUGACCUGCACACGACCUGACCUCGCAUACCCUCUUAGCAUUCUCGCACGCUUUGUUGCUCCUGGGAGACACCGACCAGAGCACAUGGCUGCAGCGAAGAGGGUGUUGCGCUACUUGUGCAGUACGUCGGGCAUGGGGCUAGUGCUUGGAGGGCGCAGUCCAGUGGUCCUCACUGGGCACGUAGACGCUUCUUGGGCUGACGACCAGGCUACGCAGCGGUCGUCACAGGGUUACACCUUCAGCCUUGGUUCCGGCUCUGUCUCGUGGCGGGCUACCCGCUCGUCUUCUGUUCUCGGCUCCAGUUGUGAGGCUGAGAUCUACGCUGGGGCUAUGGCUGCACAGGAGUUACGCUGGCUCACCUACCUGCUGACCGACCUUGGAGAGCAGCCUCGUUCUCCUCCAGUCCUGUACGUAGACAACAAGGCCAUGCUGGCCUUGUGUCGAGAGCAGCGACUGGAGCACAGAACGAAGCACAUUGCUCUCCGCUACUUUCUUGCUCGUGAGCUACAGCAGCGUGGACAGUUGCGACUUGCGUACGUGGCCUCUGAGGCCAACACUGCUGAUGUCUUCACCAAGGCACUUGCGCCUUGUGAUCAUCAGCGUUGUUGCACGCAGUUGGGUCUUGUGCCUGUCUUGCCUCACUUGCUCUCCUCUUGA